AUGACUAACUCCAACACCACCACCACCACUAACCAGGGCUCCUCCGCAGAGGGACAGCAACCCCUUAACGAAAACGUUAGUUCCAACGUUACUGAGGCUGCUCCUACUGCUCCACCAAGCACUCAUGCUCCGACUCCUACUCCUCCUCCUCCUCAAAGCACUGGUCAAGUUAAUGCGGGAGGAGGGGAUGGCGGGUUCCUAAGGUCCUCUGGAACUCCUCCUGUUCGUACUCAUCUUACCCCUGGCCAAUUCAAUGUUGGAGGAGGGUUUGCUACCGGAGUGUCCUCUGUGACUCCUCCCGGGCCCAACAAAGGAUCUCCAGGCCGUGGAUCUCCCUCUCCUAGUAGGGGGACAUCCACACCAAGAAGGGGCUCACCCUCUGGUGGCCGGAGGACUCCUAGCAGGGGAUCAAAAUCUCCUCCUAGCGGGAGAGGAUCUCCCUCUUCUUUAGGAAGAGGGUCCUCUGCUGCAGCGGGAAACAACUCUCAAAUUGGUGGGAGUAGUUUCACUCCCGUCAGGGUUGAAAUCUCUUUAGGAGGGGGACUUGCCGCAGAGGGGAGCAUGGCCGUGGGUGGCCAGCUGGGCAAGCGUAAAGCCGAGGUCAAAGCCCCUGAAGGAAUGACCCCGACUUGCCCCGUGUGCAAUCGAUCGGAUUUCAGUUCGUGGAAAGCAUUGUUUGGGCAUCAGCGUAGCCACCCGGAGCGUCCCUAUAGGGGCGCCUUCCCACCCCCAGGACAGCAACAAGGGGAAGCAAGUAAUGCUGCAAAUGUGCGCGAGGCUAGGGAUGUGGAGGAGGACAAUGAAGGCCGUGGUGGAAUUGACCUAAACAUGCCCCCACCGGAUGAUGAUGAUGAUGAUGUUACUGAUGACAACAUGGAUGGUGGCGACGGUGGUGGUGGUGCCGAGGCCUAA